GGCGGCCCCGGGGCCGCAGCGGGCGGACUCGGUCCUCGGCUCUGCCUUCCACGCGGGGAAAGCAGGCGGGCGGGACCGCAGCGCGCAGCAGGAGGUUGCUGCAGGCCAGCUGCCACCACCUAGGGCUUGAGGGGAAGAAACAGCAAGAGGAGCCCUGAGAAAGCUGUCAUUUCCCUGCACUGGUGCCUGACUCCUGAAAUGUCUUUCCUCCAGGACCCAGGCUUCUUCGCCAUGGGGGUGUGGUCCAUUGGUGCAGGAGCCCUGGGGGCUGUUGCCGUUGCACUGCUCCUGGCCAACACCGACAUGUUUCUGUCCAAGUCUGAAGAAGCCACUCUGGAGUAUCUGGAGGACGUGGACCUAAAAACACUAGGGAAGGAACCAAGGACUUUCAAAGCAAAGGAGCUAUGGGAAAAGAACGGAGCCGUGAUUAUGGCUGUGCGGAGGCCAGGCUGUUUCCUCUGUCGUGAGGAAGCUGCAGACCUGUCCUCCCUGAAACCCCAGCUGGAUGAACUGGGCGUGCCCCUCUAUGCUGUGGUGAAGGAGCAGGUCGGGACUGAAGUGAAGGACUUCCAGCCUUAUUUCAAAGGAGAAGUCUUCCUGGACUCACAGAAAAAGUUCUACGGUCCACAGAGACGGAAGCUGUUGUUCAUGGGAUUCAUGCGUCUGGGUGUGUGGUACAAUUUCUUCCGAGCCUGGAGUGGAGGCUUCUCUGGAAACCUGAAGGGCGAAGGUGUCAUCCUUGGGGGAGUUUUUGUGGUGGGAUCAGGAAAGCAGGGCAUUCUUCUCGAGCACCGAGAAAAAGAAUUUGGAGACAAAGUAAACCCACUUUCUGUUCUGGAAGCUGCCAAGAAGGUCAAACCUAGGAGUCUAACCUCAGAGAACAAAUGAUCACAUGAAAGGCACACCCACUCCUGGGUAACCGGGGACACUCACUGUGUUCCUGGAGAGUUAGAAGCCACUUGCACCGCAUUCUCAUUGUGGAUUAUUAAUGUAUUGUAGUAUUGUUUUCAGGUUAGGCCCACUAAGGCAAAAUAGGCCCCAAAACAAGACUGACAAAAAAAUCUAAGACACUAGAAGCAAAGACCUGAAAAAUAUGAGGCUUAAAGUUGAUGGCUACACCUCACUACAAAUGUGUGUUUGAGCACUGUUACUUGAAAUUUUUAUUUUCCUAUCUUCAGAUAUUAAGGAAAGUUGGGGCUAGAGGUGUAACUCAGUGGUAGAGCACUUGUCUAGCAUGCAUGAGCCUUUGGCUUCAACCCCCACAGCACACAGAAAAAAAAUAGAAAUAAAAUUUAAAAUCUAAGAAAAGAUGGUGAUGAUUGAAUUAAAGAUCAGAGAAUAUAAGGGUUUUGGCUUGAGAAUUUUCUACAAAUGACUCGUUAUGUAAUGUCAAAGUAAUAUACAAAGGAAUAGAUGUGUUAUCGGGUGGUUUGAUAAAGGUAAAUUAUAAAGUGAAAUCUCUUGUCUCAUUGUCUUCCAGUUUAGCCUCAAAGAUUUAUGUUUCUAGAAGUAAUCAUUUCUGACUUUAAUAAAAUUGUGCAUCAGAAAGCA